AAUUUAAAUCUAUCCACGUGCUGAGCACCAGUACAGGUUCGUCGCUUCUCUGGACAAGUCUCCCAAAUCUCAUCCAAGCUCGGGCUCCAACUAGUGUGUGUGUGUGAGAGUCUUAGAAUCAUACUGCUCCUUUCUGCCCAGUCACCCGAAAAUCUUCACAUCAGUUUCGGAGAGCUAUAAAGUGGCACUCCUGUCGUUGAUCUGGUUUAGUUUGAUAGCCGUGGUGAUCCUCGCAGCAUCGUCGAGUUCGUGCGCGUUUGUUCGUUCGUUCGUUCGUUCGUUUGUCGGUUGAAAGCUCAUCCACGCGCGUGGGCGAGCUUUUCGGAAGCUCCGACACAGUUGGACCAGACAGCGAGGCUGCAGACACGGAAAGUGAAAGUUUCGUGCGAAUCCUGAGAAACGAGAGGAAGGAAACUUGGAUUUAAAAAUCGUUAAAAAUGAGAAUUUUGCUGGUUCUCGGAGUGUGCGCCAUCGUGGGCGUUACGCUGGCGGCCAAAAUUAAGAUCCCGUCGAAGAAUCGUAACGACGACCUGUUCAAGGAUGACGAGUUUACGUUUCCCGUCGAGGACAACAAGGAUCCGACCAACUUCACGGGGAACGUCAUGAAGGCUGGCAUUUUGAUGGCCGAGGUCAAGAACCAGGGCAAGGGCAACUUCAAGUAUGCUGUCGAGACGGAGAACGGAAUCGAGGUUGAGCAGAUCGGCAAGCUGAGACCGGACAACAAGACGUUCGUGGUUAUGGGAUCGUACACGUACACCGGAGCCAACGGAAAGCGUUACCGGGUGCGUUACACGGCCGAUGAGUUCGGUUACCAUCCGAUCACCGAGUUGGAUUUGGAGAUCCCAGACUUGAACCUGACGCAGAUCGUCCGGGAACCGGUGAAGCCGUUUGUCUUUACGACCCGGCCAACCACGACCACGACAACGACGACGACGACGGAAGCGCCCUCCACCGGAUAUCACUACGAGCGGCCAGAUAAUGCGUACCUCCCACCGACCAACUCGUACCUGCCCCCGUCGAACGAGUACCUGCCGCCAAAGGACGUCAAUGAACCGUCGGUGGAUCAGCUGCCACCGUUCUACAACUCGCUGUACCGGGGACAGAACCAGAUUUAGUGUGGACGGGCGAAUGGUGCUAGUGGUUCCGGCUGGAUCCACAGUUUGUGUAAAUAUUUUAAGUGUAAUUUGUGUCAUAGGAUAAGAUAUUUAUAAUAAAGAAGUAUUAUUUUAUCUUCUUA